UCCGUAUAUUGAUUGUGUGCGAGGGGGCCGGGGCAAGGAGGGGGCCACGGCGUGCCCCACUCUGUUUUUUACGACACGGCUUUCUGUGUAACAUAAUAAGUAUUUAAAAAUUUUUGUGAAAUGUUUCGGUGUUAUUUGUAAAAAUUCGGGAAGUCGAAAAUUGGAUAAGAGAUGCAGGGGCUGGUGAGCGAUAAGACGUUCCACUUGAAGUGGAACAACCACCUGCAGAACCUCAGUCAGCUGUUCACAACCAUCUACUCGUCGUCGGCCCUCGCAGACGUAACACUCUCCUGUCGCGACGGUACUCUCAAAGCGCAUAAGCUCGUACUUUCGGCAUGCAGUCCUUACUUCGAACAAAUAUUCAAGGACAAUCCAUGUCAGCAUCCCAUAGUGAUACUGAAAGGUAUACCUUUCUCGGAGAUAAACCUUCUUGUGGAGUUCAUGUACAAAGGGUCGGUGGAUGUGCAAGAGUUAGACCUGCAGUCACUAAUGCACACAGCAUCCGAGUUGGAAAUCCGUGGAUUGGCAUACGAAGCGAGGGAUAAUGCUGCCCAGCUGCUCAAUGUGAACCUUGAGUACCCUUCAUAUAGCCAAACAUCCACAAGCUCGGCAGUUUCAACAUCACAAUCAUUUCCACAAUCACGCACCGAUGUUGAGAGAUUAAAACAAAUUCACAUGUACCAACAAUCGAUGAUGCGUGCGGAGGAAGUGAGACGCCGCCGCCGAGAGGACAUGCCGACCACUCAGACGGCAGUUAACAAUAUAUUGGCUGCUGCGGCUCGGGAGAUGGAGGAAGCGAGACAGGCAGCGAGGACUGGGGAGAGGGUGGUGGCCAGCAUACAGACUGAACAGGAUAGCAAUGGUCUAAAAGAACAAUUAUCCCCAGCACCAACACCGUCAGCGGAAGUGAAGCGCGAGUCGGAAGACGACAGGCCAAAAAAGCGGAUGUCCAUAAUGUCUCCGGAAGACGAUAGGAUGCGCGUCAAGAAGAAGGCGAUGACUGUCCGCUUCCAGGAUGAGAAGACUGAGGAGCAACCCAAUAAGGUCACUUCACCCAACGCGACAAACAACGGCGACUCAAAGGAGGCAGAAGGAAAGCCAGGCGGCAUUAAAGUUGUGCAAUUGGCCGUACUACAGAAACCCACCAAUAACGAACAUGAUGAUUCCGAUGAAAGGGGCAAAACAGCAAUGGACGAAGACGAAGAGACAGACUCAAGCGGUUCAGUAUCAGAUGCGGCGGCGAACGACUCGCAAGAUGGCCGGCCGUAUGCGUGCGAUAUCUGUGAUGUUCGAUUCGCCCGCUCGUCGCACCUGUCCCGCCACCGCCUCACGCACACGGGCGAGCGCCCCUACACGUGCGGCGGCUGCGGCCGCUCCUUCGCGCGCUCCGACAAGCUGCGCGUGCACACUAAGAUCUGCGAGCGGGAGGACCCGACGGUGGACAUGGCGAGCGAGCAGGCGGGCGUGAAGCGCGAGAGCAGCGGCGGCGGCGGCGGCGGCGGCAACUCGGAGGUGAUGUCGGGCAUGGUGCGCACCACGCACCGCGAGUCCGGCCACCUGGUGUUCACGGCCAGCGGCGACGUGAUGCUGCCGCCGCGCCAGGCGCCCGUCGUGCUCAACGCCACGCUGGAGCCCGUGCGCAACGAGCUGAGCCAGGGCGAGCUGGCCGACCCGCCGCGCCGCGGCCGCGGCCGCCCGCGCAAGACGCCGCUGCCGCUCACGCCCAAGGUCAAGAAGCGCCGCGGCCGCCCGCCCAAGACCUCGCUCGACAUGGAGGGGUGCGUGCUGACGGGCGGCACGGUGCUCGGCGCGGGCGCGCAGCUGGCGGCGCUGUCGCCGGCCGGCCAGCAGCUGCUGCUCAAGCGCAAGCGCGGCCGCCCGCCCAAGAACUACCUGCUGCCCGCCCGCCCCGGUAUGGAUAUGGCAAUACCGAUGCAGUACGGACUAGCCGCUGAAAUAAGCAAACUUUACGGUCGGCCGAACGAGAACUACAACGCGACCAACCUGCCCUUCGGCGACUUCUCGUACCUCACCGAGAUGAUGUACAACCCGCUCGCGUACUCGUACGGCGUGACCAGCGUGGACCCGGACCGGAACGUGGACGCGGACCUGAGCGUCACGUCCGAGUCGCACGACCGGACCAUCGACGUGUCCGACACGUCCAGCGACGAGGAGGACCGCGUCGAGCCCGAGGAGAACGUGCCGCCGGUCGCGUGCGAGACGCAGAUCAUGACCGUAGGCGACUGCCAGAUCGUCAAGCUGCCGGCCAGCGAGGACCGCGAGGACCGCGAGGACAAGCCGGACGGGCCCGCCGCGCCCGCCGCGCCCACGCCCAGCUCCGUCACCAUCACGCCCAUCACCACUGUGGGGGACUGCACCAUACGCCCCGUCGAGAACACAUAAUGCGCGGCCGGGCCAGCCGCGCCGGCCUACGUGCUGCUGCCCACCCGCGUGCGGCCGAGCGGCUUGAAGAUGGUUCAAAUUUUCAAGUUGAGUGAUACAUCAAAAUUGUGACCGCCACAUUGCUAAUCAAAUUUCAGAAUUUCUUCUGACGGCUAAGGUCUUUGGGCAAAAAUCAAUCUUAAUCUAGGCGGUCAAAGUCCUAUUCAAAUUAUCAACUCGUUUGCAACCCGAGCGAUUCCACACACAAUUCGAAAUGGUCCACAUAUAUCGACCAUUUCUCUAACCUCUAUGAUAUAUAAAGUCUUCCCUUAUUUUACCGCUAUGUAUGGGGUAGACGUAUUAUUGUGGUAGCAUUCGACGCUCGGGCAUUUUUCCCUAAUUUGAUAGCUUACAAUGCGUACGCUAGAUAUGUCUUCCUAUAUGAAAUAAGUGGACAUGUAAUUUUACAAUACAUUAGAAAACGCAUUUGAGUUGUUGCCGAAAUACUACGGUAGAUAAAAUUUGUAUGAAACUCUUCAUACGUGUAGCUUCAUAAAUCGAUGUGUCAUGGGCACAAUGUCCAAAUACGAUAUUUCCUUUUAUUUGUUUUAUUUCGGCUAGUAGCGAGGAACCCGAUGACAAUGCUACUACAAUGAUAAUAUUAAAAUAGUUUGUAAGCGACUGUAGAUGCAUUUAAAUUGGAAUAAUUUAUUGGAUUUCGAGAUUCGAUUGAAGCAAGCUUUACGUGUGAGCUUGGAUGGUGUUUCAUUAAAACGUUUGAAAAAAAAUUGAUUGGAGCAAUAUAAACUAAUGUUGCUAUUAAUAUAAAUAUGAGUUUAAAUGAAAUACCCUCCACGCAGUUAAAUAACAAUGAUACUCAAUGAACACAAUUGAUUCAGAUCAAAUACGUCACAACUAACAGUGUUUUAUACAAAGCGCCCACAGCUAGUACGCACUGGUUCAACGAUGUUGCCAUAGUCUAUUUUUAUUUGACUCCAAAAAGGUUUUAUAUAAAACACUGUACUUAUUUAAUAUAGAACAGUAAUAUUUUGCGAUACUCUACAUAGAGGUGUCAUAUUUACCGCGUGUAAUGGAACUUAGGUAAGGUUUCUUGUUGCCUUCGAUGUGUCGUGUCUAUGUGUUCGUUAAAGUGUAUGACUAUAUGCCGCCGACGGUAAGGCCUACACACUCUAUCCUUUAUAUUGGAUAUAUUUUCACGGGGAGAUUUUUAGCUUUAAUAAUAAAAAAAUUUACUUCCCUUUCGAUUUGAUUCAUCCAACGUUUAAAGUCAUAUACUUGAACGGUUUUUAAAAAUUUGACAAUCUUUUCUGGAUCUGAUUUAUUUUCUAGCGAUCCGUCGUACCACAGACUAUAAAUUAUAGAUUAAAAAUAUUUUCAGUAGUUUUGUAACCGUAGAUUGGCUGUCUAUAUAAUAUUAUAUAAUUAUACUACAUACGGUGUAUUCCAUCAUGUUAUUACGUGAUGGAAACGUAUUUCCGUUCUAUAUGAUAAUCAAAUAUUGGAUGUGUCGUAGUAGCACAGCUGUAACGCCUUUUACUCUUAUCUUUGUGAAUAGUAAGUAGCGAGUAGUGAUUUAGAUAAAAAUUUAAAAUUCUAAAAUAAUAUACGGCAACACCACACGAACAAGUGAUACGUUCGCUAAAUAUUUUUAGUCGGACUUAAUGUAAUGACAUAUUAUAUUUCUCUAAUCGUGUAUGUGUAAUCUUAGUGAGUAAACUAAUAUUAUGUCUACAAAAUAUUAUUUUUGUUAUUGAUGACGGUGAAAAGCGCGCGAGAUUUACCGAUUUGUCUUUGGCCGGAAACAGACUGUCAUAAAAGUCUUUGUAAUCGCUAUGGUCUAUAAUCUAUGAUGAUGACAAAAAUAGUACAUUGUACUGAUUUACCUGCAGACAGCUAUCCAAGCGGCUAGGUUGUGAACCAGUCGGUGUUGGACUAACGUUUCUGUUAUAUUUUAUACGUUUUUAAGUUCCUUUACGCACGCUUCGUUCGCUAUAAUGUACGUGACGGUUUGUUCAAUUGACUAAUUUACAUUUUCUGGAAUAAAAAAAAUAAUCAAAUACCUAUCUGCUAGCGCACAUGGUCACAGUUUGUGUCAUUUUAUCUGCGGAAUAUUCAAUGUCUAAUUCAAUAAAAUUCGUGGCGAAUUGAACAAGUCGGAAACGAAAUACGCAUUAUAACGUUUUAAAAGUAUUAAUCGACUAUAAUUUAAUUUCUUUCAAAUAUAUGUACAGUAGUAUAGUUCCUAACGAUUAAUCAAAAUUAUAACCCUUCAAGUACUAAUGUAGGUGUAAGUUUUAAUUUUAUAUUUUUUUUAAUUAAGUUUUAUCUCGAGAUCAAAUUAGUGGUUCACUAUUAGUGAUGUAAUUAAUUUUAGUCCGCUUUUUACGUAUUUAAUCGAAGACUGCUCGCUUUUUUAUUCGGUUAUUCAUCCGAUAAAUGAGUCCCAGAGGCUUACAUCUCACGGCAAGCUAUGUGAUGAGAGUUUAUUUAAUACAAAUGAAUCUGUAUUUUUAUAACUAAGGAUAAGUUUACUCCCAACAGUGUAAUCCUAUAUCCCACAUGCUGUAGGUUAGACGUUUUAAGUUUUCAACGGCCCUAUUGGCUUUGUUUUUAAGAGAUUUUGGUGUGCGAUACCAAGUCUAUGCUUUGGUGGUUCCAAAUUGGUUUAACAACGUUAAAUUUGAGUUUCAUUUCGGGUUUUCAAUGAAGUAAUAGGCAAUGAAAACAACAACAAAAUACGUUUAUUCAUAUGAUUUGGUUAAUUCUUGCAUAUUUAUAGCAUUCGGUUUUCACCAGUCACUUAUUUGAAUAUGCACUAAUGAAAAAUUUCUGUACCUUGUGGAAAUGAUUAAUUGUUAUAAAUUCUUUAUUUUUUUAUACAUUUUACGCCAAAAUAUAGUCUUGUUAACGCACCGAGUUCGGCAAUAAAUGAUUGUAUAAUUAUUUAAUGGAAUGUUAGCGGUUGAGCGCCCGGUUGAUUGUAUUGCAUUUAUAUUAAGUUUUAUUUGAUUUUAUUAUGUGUGUCACGCAACAAGGAAUAUCACAAGUACAUUUGUGCAUUUAAAAAAACAAUAUUACUAUGCUUUAAAACUAUGAGAACCACUAUCACAGAAAAUCUAGUAUAUAAUUUAGAUUACAAUCAGAGCAAUUUUUUUAUAUAUGCUCACUACAAAAUGAGGAUUAAAAAAAAAUCGAAACACUGCCUUCCAGAUAUUUCUUGUUGCGGAAUGGACAUUAUGCUUUUAUUCAGUUAUUGAAAUCGAAAAUAUAUUAUAAGUUUAAUUAAUUAUUAGUAGAAAGUCAAGGUCUCGUCAAUGACAUUAAAACUACAAGCGUAACGAAUGUUUCAUGAUGUCAGUAUGCCAGUUAUAGGCAUAGACUUAAAUACAAACAAGUAUGCAAUGAUUUGAUUUAUAUUUGGUAACUGAUUCUCUUUUUCAAUAUUCCCUAUUCUCAUACAUUUGACGAGACCUUAUCGAUAAAAUUCGUUAUAAUGAAAUCAUCAACAAAAUAUUUUAAGUUAUAAUUAUGUUAUAUUCCUGUAUUGUGAAAUGGUUAUCAUUUUACGUUGUGAUCAUGUGAGUGCAAAAUUGUUUUAAAUAUUUUGACCAGUUUAAUUUAAUUGACUCUACGUCAAUAAGGGCAGCAGAAUAUGGAAUCGUUUAUUUCUGCAUAGUCCGAGAGCAGUAUUUUUUAGCUGUAGUCUUUAUAUAAACUUUUUUUUAUUUUAACAUUUGUGAAAUUCGAUCGUUAGUUAAUUUCUAACAAUGAAAUAUUUAAUAAAGAAAUCACGAAAUCA